CGCAUCUCCCUCAUCCUGUGAUUGCAUUUUUACUUGAGACUACGAUCGAAAGCUUUCGGACGAUCUGGGAUUAAUUAUUUGCGCGAUUUGUCAUCAGACCUACCACUCACGCUCGACUUUCGAGCUCCUGACCGUCUCGCGAACACCCACCGUGCUCAGAUACCCUCCGAUCACCAUGAGCAGUGCUUAGCCGACCAUAACUGGGGAAAGAUUGCAGCAUAGGCUGCUUUGAGCGAUGGAUCAAGCAAUCCAGCGGUUAUUGAACGACAAGCUCUACGAUAGGAGGAAGCAGGGAGCUUUGGAGCUCGAGAAAAUUGUCCGUGACGCCGUUUUUCAAGGAGAGCAGGAGAAAAUACAAAAGAUCGUUGAACAGCUCUGCCAUGACUAUGCAUACGCCGUGCACCAACCCCAUGCCCGGAAUGGAGGUCUGAUCGGAUUGGCUGCUGCCUCGAUCGCACUGGGAUCGGAAGGAGUUGCGCCGUACUUGGGUGAAAUUGUGCCGCCUGUGCUCGCAUGCUUCUCCGACCAAGAUGCGCGAGUGCGGUACUACGCAUGCGAGAGCAUGUACAAUAUAGCCAAAGUGGCCAAAGGAGAGAUAUUGCUGUUCUUCAAUGAGGUUUUCGACGCGCUGGCUAAGCUUGCGUCCGAUGCGGAGCUAUCAGUCAAGAACGGUGCGGAGCUUUUGGACCGCCUGGUGAAGGAUAUCGUGGCUGAAUCGGCGGCCUCGUAUGUGUCGAUCCUACAGCUCUCUGAAAAGGGACAUCCAGAAUUGGAGAAUCAGGAAGACCACGAACUUCCCAUGGCGUUCUCUCUGGCACGAUUCAUUCCUCUGCUUAAAGAUCGGAUCCAUGUGAUCCAACCGUUCACUCGCAACUUUCUGGUCUCGUGGCUUACCCUUCUAGAUACAAUCCCCGACCUAGAGCUCGUGAGCUAUUUGCCAGAGUUCCUGGAGGGAUUGAUCAAGUUCCUUGGCGGACCCAACAAAGACGUGAAUAUUGCAACCCAGGGUUUGCUUGAUCGGUUCUUGUCGGAGAUCAAGAGGAUUACCCGACUUAAAAAGGGGAUUGAAGAAAGCAGGAAGGGUCAGAAAAGCAACAGACAGUCGGUCAACAGCGAUGCGAUGAGCAACGCGACGGAGCAAAAUACCCAGACCGAUGGUGCCAGUGACGACAGGGAUGACCUUGCCAUCGCAGACUCGGCCUCAGAUACGACCCUGGAUGAUGAAAUCGUUCAGGCCGAUGGAGAUUGGAUCCCGGGACAAGAUGUACAAAUCGACCACCCCAAAAUCCUUAAUAUUCUCGUCGGAUUUGUCAACACCUCCUAUGAGGAGGAAAUGCAAUUGACGGCCCUUCGUUGGCUUGAUUCCUUUUUCGAGAUCAGCCCUGAAGAUAUUCUUCCUUUCGUUCCGCGGCUGUUGACUCAGGUACUCCCAGCCAUGUCCAGUGGCUCAGAUCAAGUACGAAAAGCAGCAAACCAAGUUAACACGUCCCUUGUCCAAUACAUCUACUCCUUGUCAGAUGAUACGACCGAGGAAGCCCAAGCGCCACCGUCGAAGAUCCCUUCCACUACGGCCAGCAGGGAAACCAUAGAGCGGAGGUCAUCAACUCCCGGAGUCAGGCCUUCAGAGACAGCGAGCAUUGACACAAAGAGACAAACAGCACAAGAUAAUUCCAUUGCGGCUACACCACGUAGUAGCAUUGUUUCCACCCCGGUGCCUCCUGCUGACCUUGAUUACGCUGCUGCUGUCAACUCCCUCACUCUACAAUUCCUCAAUGAAAAUGAAGCCACUAGAGUUGCGGCCCUUGUAUGGCUCAUCAUGCUCCACCGUAAAGCCCCGCGGAAGGUUGUCGCUUUCAACGACGGUACCUUCCCAGCUUUGCUAAAAACGUUAUCCGACCCUUCAGAGGCGGUUGUAACCAAAGAUUUGCAGCUCCUUUCACAGAUCUCAAGAAACAGCGAGGAUAGCUAUUUUACCUCUUUCAUGGUCAACUUGUUGCAGCUAUACUCUACAGACAGGCAUUUACUCGAAGUGCGCGGGAAUCUGAUCAUCAGGCAGCUUUCUAUGAACCUGAGCCCGGAGCGUAUCUACCGAACUUUGGCAGAUUGCCUCGAGAAGGAAGAGGAUCUCGAAUUUGCCAGUAUCAUGGUCCAGAACUUGAACAACAACCUCAUCACUGCGCCCGAGCUCUCGGAAUUGAGAAAGCGCUUAAGAAAUCUCGAUUCGAAAGAUGGUCAAAUGUUCUUUGUUGGGCUUUUCAGAUCGUGGUGCCACAACGCUGUCUCUACGUUUUCUCUCUGUCUUCUUGCCCAGGCCUAUGAGCAGGCAUACAAUCUCCUCCAGAUCUUUGCCGAAUUGGAAAUGACAGUUAAUAUGCUAAUCCAAAUCGACAAACUGGUGCAACUACUAGAGUCGCCAGUAUUCACAUAUCUCCGCCUCCAACUCCUUGAACCCGAAAAAUACCCCUUCCUCUACAAAUGUCUCUACGGCGUCCUCAUGCUCCUCCCCCAGAGCUCCGCCUUCGCCGCCCUCAAGAACCGUCUAAACAGCGUCAGCAACAUUGGUUUCCUCCACGGCGGACCCCGCAGCACUACCCAAACAGCCCCUUCUUUCGACCGUUCCACAGGCACCCGCCUGAAACCCCGCGACGAGAACUCCAUCCGCUGGGUCGAGCUGCUUGACAAAUUCAAGUCCGUCCAGGAACGAGCCCGUCGAUCCCAGGGCUCUACCCGCCACUCCUUCGACCAGUCUGGCCCCCUGAGCAACCCCUCUCUUACAGCUGCUCUCUCCGUCGCCGCUGCAGACCGUCCCAGGGACCGGUCUAGCCUACCCGAUGCUCCGCGCGGCGCUCCGGGCCCUAGUAACGCUGCUGCUGGAAAUGCUGGGCUGGGAGGUCCCGGUCCUGGUGCCGGUGGCACCGCUGCCACGCGUGCAUUGGAUAACAGUGCGGCGAAGGGUGGGUCAUCUCAUAAACAUAAGUCGAGUCUUCCCAAUCUGGGGCGGCUGGGUAUUGGAGGACGCAAGUCCAAGAAAUAG